AUGGCUAAAGCAACUACUAAUAAAACAAAUAAUGAUAUUUAUAUUCCUUCUGUGAUGAAAGCUGCUCAACAAAGUGAUUUUGGAGAAGUACGUGAUGUUUUGACGCUCGGUGAGAAUGUCUCUGUGCCUCGUCAAUUAUCAUCUAAACAAAUUCUUGUUCGAGCUUAUGCUGCUGCAAUAAAUCCAGUCGAUUGGAAAGUAUUAAAUGGAAGAUUAUCACUUGUUACUCGAUAUUCAUUUCCUCAUACACCAGGUACUGAUGUUGCUGGUGUUGUUGUUGAUAUUGGUUCAGGUGUAAAACGUCUUCGAAUUGGUGAUAAAGUUUAUGGAGAUCUUACAAUUCAUGGUGGUAGUUAUGCUGAAUAUGUUCGUGGUGAUGAAUCAGUUUUUACAUUAAAACCAAAUAAUUUAACAAUGGAAGAAGCAGCUGCUAUACCUUUAGCAUGUAACACUAGUUAUCAAGCAUUAUUUAAAAAAGCUUCACCUCCUAUUGGACCAAGAAGUAAAAUAUUAAUCUGUGGUGGUAGUACAGCAACUGGUUUGUAUGCAAUUCAAUUAGCUAAAGCAGUUGGUGCUUAUGUUACUGCAACAUGUUCACAAAGAAAUUUUAGUCUAAUGGAAAAACUUGGAUAUACAAUAAUACAAACAAAUAUUGAGAUAAAUAAUGAUCAAAAUCAAUUACAUAUUAUUGAUUAUAAUGAAAAAGAUUUUGGAGAAGAACUUAAAGAUAAAUAUAUUUAA